CAAGUUAGAGACCAGCAUCUCAUCUGGAUAACUCAAUAGAAAUCAUUUGAACCAAAGCUAUGAGAACAUUCUUGCUAUUAGUCCUAACUAUUGCAAUUAGCGCUGAAUCAGAAAAAACUAACGCAGGGAUGGUUCUCUUGCAGGAAUGCAGUGAAACAGCGAACCAUAUGCUACGUAAUAGUUCAACGGAGAGUCUUAACCAAUACGUACAAGAUGUAUUUGGGACAGAGGAGUGCUCAGUCAACACCCUUUGCAAAACAUUAACGGUCCUGAAAAAAUCGCAUCUGAAUCGCAGCAAGCUACACAGACAGCUACAUUCCUAUGUAGUCUAUACAGAGCACGUGCGUAACUGCAACAUCACCACUUCACUGGAAUACACAAUGAAGGACCUCCUGAAAAACAUCAAAAUGUGUUGCCAAAAACAAUAUUCCAAUCUUUUAACUCACAUGCACAAAAAAGAGAAGAAAUAAUUCUAGACUUGUUUAUCAGGACGAUGAGAUCUGCUACAAUACUUACGUUGUCUAAUACUGUAUACUGAAUGUUUUUUUUAUAUUUAUAAAAUAUUUAUUUUAUUUAUCAAUAAAAUAUACUUAACAGAAAUUGUAUUUUUAUUAU